AUGGCAACUGUUCAGUAGUGAGAGCUUGAAAAAGAUGAAAGAAUGUUUCAGCAACGAUCGUUUGGUUUUGAACUUGAUUGUUCUUCAAUGAAGAGUACCUCAGGACAUUCAUGAAGAUUUAGUAUUUCGUUGAACGCGUAGAACCAAUGUGUGACUAUUGCUUUCAGUUGGUCAAGUUUGACUUCAUAGAAGCUUGUCCGAGAAUGAGCUUGUGGCUGUAAGAUAGUUCAAACAUCAUGACUGAUCAUUUCAGACGAAUCGUUGUGUUAUAUAUCUCAAGUUUUUGAUCCAAAAGGUGAUAUACCUUUAGUGAAGAGCUUCAAGUCGCGAUUACAUACAUUGGGAUAACUUUAAAAUCGACAGUUGGGAAAAAGAUGCUCUGGAUAGAUCCACAAGGAAGGGUCCUGGAUUGCAGAUGAAAGUGCAACAGCGCCUGUUCAAUGCAGAUGCCCAACCUGUGACCGCAGAUGUGUAUUAAAGAUUGGUCACUUUAGUCAUACAGGAACUUGCACGAAGAGAAGAUCGUCUAUUGCAGGGGUGAAGAAAUGGACGGCCAUGUCAGCAAUAAUGUCAACAACUCCACAUCUCUGAAUGAAAUACAGCUUCACGAGAAGCCAGCCAGUGAUAUUCCAGAAGAGAACACCUACAUUCUUAAAGAUGUCGUGCCCAAGAAGGCCCCAGCAGACGACAAUGCCUACGGAGAGGAAAGAGACACAUGGGCCAAGAAGAUCGACUUCCUACUUUCGGUUGUCGGUUUUUCUGUGGACCUGGCCAACGUCUGGAGAUUCCCAUACUUGUGCUAUAAAAAUGGCGGAGGGGCGUUUCUUAUUCCUUACACACUGAUGUUACUGUUGGGAGGGAUUCCUUUAUUCUACAUGGAGUUGGCCCUAGGACAGUUUAACAAGACUGGGGCCAUCACUUGCUGGGCCGCCAUAUGUCCACUAUUUAAGGGUACUGGCUGGGCAGUGGUCCUCAUCGCCUUCUACACUGAUUUCUUCUAUAACGUCAUCAUCGCCUGGUGCCUCCAUUUCUUCUUCGCCUCUUUCACCACGGACCUCCCCUGGAUGUCCUGCAACAAUGACUGGAACACAGGAGGAUGUUUUGAUGGGAAACAGCGGUGGAACGCCUCUGCAAGAGACAGGGGGAGUGACUCCUUAUCAACCAAUAGUACAACCUCUCCGCUACCUCCGUCUCCAGUCAUGACGUACAACGUACUGCCGUACGUCGCUAAAAGCAACAUGACGUCAGUCAACGUCACCUUCCUGGACAUGAUUCCGGAAGUCCUGAAGCAGAAUGAAACAAAAGUUCAGAUACGGUCGUCAGCUCAGGAAUAUUUUGAGCGGGGCAUGCUGGCAUUACACAACAGCAAAGGUUUUCUUGACCUUGGACAGCUGCAGUGGCAGUUGGUGCUGUGCCUGGCUGGAGUCUACAUCAUUUGCUACUUCAGUAUGUGGAAGGGCAUUUUGGUCUCUGGGAAGGUUGUGUGGUUCACCGCCCUCUUCCCAUAUGUUGUCCUCUUUAUUCUCAUGGUCAGGGGCGCCACGCUCCCGGGCGCCGAAAAAGGGGUGCAGUAUUACUUGACCCCCAACUUUACCAGGUUGGCCACGUCAGAGGUGUGGGUAGAUGCUGCCAACCAAGUAUUUUUCUCUCUGGGUCCGGGCUUCGGUGUCUUGUUGGCAUUUGCAAGUUAUAACCCAAUACAUAAUAACGUCUAUAGAGACGCCUUGCUGACCAGUAUCAUCAACUGUUCCACCAGUUUCUUCUCUGGGUUCAUCAUUUUUAUGAUACUAGGCUACAUGUCGCACAACACUGGUCAACCAAUAGAUGAAGUAGCCACUGAAGGUCCAGGUCUUGUGUUCAUCGUCUACCCAGAGGCCAUCUCCACGCUACCAGGUGCUACCUUCUGGGCCAUUAUAUUUUUUCUUAUGCUGCUGACCCUUGGACUAGACAGUUCGUUUGGCGGAUCAGAAGCCAUCAUUACUGCAUUAGCGGACGAGUUUCCAGUCUUGAGGCGGCACAGGGAGCUGUUCGUAGGCUGCCUCUUUACACUUUACUUCAUCGUAGGUCUGGCCAGCGUUUCAGAGGGUGGUUUCUAUGUGGUCCGUCUGAUGGAGACUUUUGGUGCAGGCUAUUCCAUUCUUUUUGCUGUUUUCUUUGAGACCAUAGCUGUGUCGUGGGCUUAUGGGGUUCACAACUUCGCGGCUGAUAUCGAGGCAAUGAUUGGCAGACGACCAGGGCCUUACUGGAUGAUAUGUUGGAGGUUUAUAGCACCCGCCUUCUUAUUGUUUAUCAUCGUGUUUGGCCUGGUCAACCAUAAGCCCAUGGAGCACGAGGGUUAUGUUUACCCGUUGUAUGCUAACGUCUUGGGCUGGACCAUUGCACUCUCCUCUAUUCUAUGUAUUCCUGGGUUUGCCAUUUACAGCAUUCUAAGGGCCAAAGGACCUCUUCGGAAUAGAAUCUACAAACUGCUGCAGACGACCAAUAACAGGGAUGCGAAGAUUCGAAAGGCUCUGAACACUAUCAGACAGAACGGGGACAUAGCGGAUGUAGGCGUGAGCGUGUAGAUAUAGGUGUCUGUUCUUCAAUUGUCCGCUGUAUAUAUGUACAUCGCUGGACACAGUAAGGCCCUGAGGUGUGUAGAGCUCCAGUUAGCAGCCUCACCAUCAAUGUGCAAGUUGACCAUCAUUAGCUCAAAGCUGCUCUGGGAACGAAAGUAGAUUUUUUUUUUCAAAGUGUUAAAGGUUUCCUAGAGCAAGAAGACGUGAAAUUGGUUGCAGUGAUUAUCAUCAUGUUUGAUAUGGUUGAUAUCAAUCAUUGGAUUGGUCACUUCUAAUGCUGAUGAAUGUGAUUGGUCCCUUUUGCUGGCGAAGAAUGUCAGACGAUCAAAAUCAAUAACAUUACUAUUUUUUUUUUCCAGAAAGUCAUUUAAAGAAUGUAUGUAUAGACCAAAAUUUUAGUUGGUACAAUCAGUAGUUUGUGUAGUCUAGACAAUAGUUCCUGUUCAUGUUACUUUUUACUUGUAAUUAGUUUUUCCGUUUAAUGUGACUAACUUUGUUCACCACCCAUUCAAAUACUACCUAGUGGGAAACUCGGUUGAACACAAGAGAGAAUGUAGGCAUGUAAAAUCCUAUGAUUAAUGAUUGGUUGGUACUUAGAUCUACAUUGUUACUUGACAACAGUUCACAGGAAGUAAAAUGCUGAUUAUCUAAGACAAUGAAUUAGGAGAUUAUUUAGUUUGUUUACUGUAGUCACCUAAAAUUGUAAAUUUUUAAAAAAUUAUAUGUAAUCUAUUCGUCAAAGUUUUGAAAUCUUUGAUUUUGUUGAAUUUAAAUAUUUUAUUUGGAAAAUCGACUAAAUAUUUAUGUCCCUACAAAGAUAAAAGUCAACGCUUCUUUAUCGACGACAGGUCUUGGCCCUAGAGAUCUGUAUAGAUCUUAGACUUCCCGUGUCUACACCAGGAGGGUAAUUCCUUGAAAUAGAUGUGUUUGGGAGGGGGGGGCAGCUGAUAGAUGUCUAGAUGUCCAUGUAGUUCAUCGUUGGAUGUUCAUAGUCAACACUGGGGGACAGAACCCCCCCCCCCCUAAUGAUGAUCUUUGUUGUUGUUUGUUUUUUCACGCCAACAUAAACCAAAUGUGAACUGAACGACACUUAGUUUAGAAUCUAAGGUACAUCUUAUUUUUAUGCUGCGGAAAACGAAACGAUUGGUUUAUAAGCGGGGUCUAUCAAAAUACAUUUCAAUAUUUGACCGUAAAACUUGAUGGUUUGAGUCUGGACUACUCCAUUUUGUCUAGCAUGGUGUAGGAGACGCGUUCUUUCUUGAUAAGCACGUGCCCCGACCUCUGAAUGUAUUACUGUAAUAGAGUUUAUAUCUAGUUAGUCAUGUAGAUACAAUGAUUUGUUUAGAGUAUACGUGUAGUACAUGUCACGUGACUCAACUGAAUACAUCCCUGGAUGCGGUGUGUUACUUGUUAAUUUGUUUUAUCUGUUGCCCUGGUCUUCACAGAUCUAUUUAUAAGUGUGUGUGAAUUAUACAUAGAUUUUUACUGUUAAUUGUAAUGUAUAUAUAUUCUUUUAAGAGUGUAUAAGGUUAAACAGAUUUACAUAGAUAAAUAAUGAUAUAAUCAGAGAAUUCCAGUAUGUUUUGAAACGACCAAUAAAGUUGUUAGAGCCA